AUGACUGAUAACAACGAUCAGGUCAAUUUGCUUAGGGACUCGCUGAGCAGGUGGAACCAAGGCCGGGCACAGCAAUCGCAAGGGUUCAACGAGUCCGCAAAGACACUGUUCUCCUCAUGGGCAGAUUCUAUCAAUGAAAGGGCUCAAGACGUCUAUUCCAGGCUGCCUGUUUCCAGACAAGACCUUAUUCAGGAUGAGGAGCCUGCUUGGUUUAACUUGUCACGCACAGAGAGGUUGAUCUUGUUUGUGUGUUUCAUAUUGGGUUCCGCUGCAUGUUUCACACUAUGUGUGUUCCUGUUCCCGGUAUUGGCCAUCAAGCCUAGGAAGUUUGGUAUACUUUGGUCUGUUGGCUCAUUGCUUUUUGUGUUAGCCUUUGGUAUAUUCCAAGGACCUGUUGCAUAUAUCAAGCAUUUAACCUCUAGGGAGAGACUCCCUUUUACUGUGUUCUUCUUUGGUACUUGCGCAUUGACCAUCUACUUUGCUGCCUUCAUGAAAAGCACUAUACUCACCAUCCCAUGUGCUGUGCUAGAGCUUAUUGCUGUGUUAUAUUACGCUAUAUCAUAUUUCCCAUUUGGCGGCACUGGUCUCAGAAUGCUCAGCUCAUUCGGUAUUAACACGGCUAGAGGCGCGCUACAUAUAUGA